UUUCCUACUCAGAUCUUCCUUUCAGACUCAAACGCUGUGGUGGUGGCUCAGGUUACACUUUGUGAAUAUUUUUGGAUAUGACUAUGGUGGCAGCUGUGGACUUGGCACUCCCUCCUUCUGGUUUGGAACAUGAGUAUAACACCCUCCUAACCCAAGAUGCUGUUCGGUUUCUAGCUGAAUUGGUCUCAACUUUUGAUCUGGAUGUGGAUAAGAUCCUGCAACAGCGAAUUGCUCGAAAAGUUCAGUUGGACCUAACCAAUGACCUCCCAGAUUUCUCCCCUCAUACUUUGCACAUUCGCAAGGACAAAACCUGGAAAGUGUUGCCGGUUCCUAGGAGACUGCAGAACCGGCAAGUGGAUAUUGGUGACACUGCACCUUACCAAACUGAGCGAUUCCUCAGUGCCUUAGGAUCCACUGCUCAAGGCAUUCAGGUUGAUUUUGAUGAUGGCAAUUGUCCAACUUUCUUUAAUCAAAUUAAGGGUAUCUAUAAUAUCUUCCAAGCUGUUCACCAUAAAUUUCCAGGCAUCCCACCCAUAUCCCAAGCACCUGUUCUAAUGCUUAGACCAAGAGCCUGGAACAUGGUAGAGCACAAUAUGAUGGUGAAUGGAAAACAGGUCCCGGGACCCCUCUUUGAUUAUGGUCUGCUGAUGUUCCAUGUGGGGAAGACCUUGUAUGACAAUGAAAGCGGCCCCUUCUUUUAUCUUUCAAAGGUAGAGAGUUAUCAGGAAGCCAGGCUAUGGAAUAACAUAUUUGUCUGGACCCAGGAAAAGCUAAAUAUGCCCAUCGGUACCAUCAAAGCCACUGUGUUAAUAGAAAGCAUUCUGGCCUCAUUUGAGAUGGAAGAGAUUCUGUAUGAACUGAAAGACCAUUCUGCUGGCUUGAAUUGUGGCAUUUGGGAUUAUUCUGCCUCUUUUGUCUCCAAAUUUGGUCAUCGAGCUGAAUUCUUGUUGCCUGACAGGAGUAAGUAUGUUAACAUGGAGAAGCUUUUUCUUAAGAGUUAUAUGGAUUUGCUGGUGCAGACGUGUCACAGGCGAGGGGCUUUGGCAACUGGGGGAAUGGCUGCCUUGUUACUACCAAAGGACCAAAAAAGUGAUGGCUACCAGUCAGUCUUAGCAGCUGUUAAGAGGCUCAAAUUGUUUGAAAUCAAAGCUGGAGUGGAUGGAUUUAUGGUGUAUGAUAUUGGCUUGGUGGAACCAAUGCAGAAGCUAUUUAAGGAACAUACAAGAGGCCCCAAUCAGUUACAUGUCAUUCCUGAAGGUGUGAACGUGACUGCCACACAACUGCUAGCCAUGCCCGCGGGAGGUGUCACCCUCCAUGGCCUGAAGUAUAACAUUGCUGUUGGAGUGCUCUUCAUAUAUUCUUGGCUGAAAGGAGAAGGUCAUUUUUACUAUCGUGGUCAAGUGGAAGAUUCAGCAACAGCAGAGAUCUCCAGGUCACAGGUAUGGCAGUGGAUUCGUCAUAGAGCUAAAUUGGAAGAUGAUGAGAGAAUGGUGGUGUCAAGGAGUCUCGUUCACAGCUUAGUCAAGGAAAUGAAGAAUGAACUACAAGACUGUUACUGUCUAUCUGAAAGAGCAGAACAGCUGCUGCACACUGCAACUGAAAUAUUCCUGGAAAUUGUACAGAAAAAGGAUUUCCCUGAAUUCAUCACAACCUACUUAAACCUGGACCACACUUUCCUGGUAUCAUCUUCCUACAACCACAGCUUUCGUUCCACAGCUGUAGUUGCCAUUCAUAGUACGGCACAGACCAAAUCUAGGCUGUGAACCACCAGCGCUUGACAAAGCCAGCAAGACUCAAUCACCGACACAGGAAUUCCGCCCUCCCUGACUAUCUGAAAUACAUUAUGUUAAACUUUCUUCCACUUUUUUUACUUUCUCCUCCGGCUUAUACCAAAUAGGUGCUUUAAAAAUGUUUUAGUCACCCGUCACAAAAUACAAUCAGGGCAAGCACUAAGCCUCCCUUGAACUACA